AAAUGACACAGCCUUUUAUAUACAGGAUUUUAACUUCUGCCCCUGGCAUUGAAAGGUUCCUGUAGACCCAAAAGAGGCGUCCUACACUUUACCGUGGUCUUGUCUUUACUACUGGAAAAUAACAUUAGAAAAAAACACCUUAAGAAAACGCUUUCAUCACAUUUUAGAAGAUUCAUUUCCUCUUUUGUGGAUAUGUCAUUGAUGGGCACCUACCCAACUACAUGUGACCAUCAGGAGAGAAUAAAGGCAAUCCCUCCACAAACCACUGCAGUAUCUCCCCAGCACAACCAGGAUGCACUUGACUAUUGUCAAUCACAUUGUUCCUUUAUCGAAGAAGUGAUUUGUAAAGUUCCCGGAAGUCUCAGAAUACAUCCAUCCCUGUGGAGCAAGGAUGAUGUAAUUCAAUGGCUACGAUGGGCCGAAGAAGAAUACUCUCUGCAGAAAACAGAUGAUAGCAAGUUUGUAAUGAAUGGAAGAGCUCUGUGUAUUAUUACAAAGUUUGAUUUUAAAGUCCGUUCUCCUAGUUCAGGCGAUGUCUUGUAUGAAUUACUGCAGUGCGUUAAGAAUCACAGACGGGGGUUGGUAGGGCAAUCUUUCUUCAGCCAGUGUAUAAGUAAAAGUCCCCUUCUUCAACUUCAGACCUGCAUAAAUACAAUGACAGAAAAGACUCAGUUACCUUCAAAAACUAUACAUCCGGCUGCUACAGAGGAUGAUCAACCUCUCAAUCUAUGCCAAAGGACACAAGGAACAGAAAAUAAGCAAAGCUCUGCAGAACACAUUAACUAUAUGGAUGGGAAAAUAAAGGGUUGCAGGUUCCUGUGGGACUAUUUGCACAAACUUCUUGAUGACAAGCGCUAUGAAUCAUACAUUAGGUGGGAAGAUAAAGAACUGAAAAUCUUCAGAGUGGUGGAUCCAAACAAGCUUGCUACAUUCUGGGGAAAUCACAAGAACCGCCCAAAUAUGACCUAUGAGAAUAUGUCAAGAGCCCUGCGACAGUACUACAAAAUAAACCUUUUGAAAAAAGAAUCUGGAAAGAAGCUAACCUUUAGGUUUCUUAGGUCACCUAGAGAAAGACGUCCAUCUCAAGACACAUGUGACCCUAAUGAGGAUGUGAUCACUUUUUCACCUUGAUAUAUUUUAGGGAAUGUUUAACGUCUGGAAAUUAUUUGUAUGUAACUAUAAAGCAGACUGUGAAAGUAUCAGACUACACUAAUUUAUUACACUACUUGGUCACUGAUACAAACCAUGGGAAUCCUUGUCUUCCUUAAGUGCUGCCUGAGGCAAUCGCCUCACCUCGCCUCAUUGGUGGUGCACCCCUGAUGAGGAGCUCCUAACUCUCCCAUAACAGGUGAUGUCGGGGGCCUAAUUGUUAGCGAGAUAUCAGUUCUCUACUAUAAGGACUGAAUACAGUGUUCAUGUGCAGGUGGCUACAAGUGACUUAUUAUUUCCUAUGAACUCAGAGAACAAAACAUAUGCUAUUCACAUAGCAAUGUAUAUUAUGUUAUCUGCUCACAAAAUAAAAUAAUAAAAAGAAAUAGUAAUAAAGUUGU